GGAAGUGAACGAGGAUUGGGAAGAAGAUUUCGUACUAAAUCAGGAUACGCCUAUAGAGUUUAACAACUUUAUGGAGGAUGAUUCAGAGUAUUCAACUAGUGACGACGAGCUUGAUAUUUUGACGCUUGAUCAAAAGUUGAGUCUGAAACCUAGAGCAAGUACAGAAUCAUCCUUGAAGUCAUCUUCUUCAAGCUCGUUUACCCCCUCUUCGUCAAUCCUCCAGCACAGCUCACCAACGACGUCUAUAUCCGAUUUCCAACAGUCAGAUGACGACGAUUUCUUGCAGGAUAUACACCUACCACAGAAUAUAAACUUUCAUUCAAGAUUACUUCAAAAAAUCAACAAACGCCCUUUUGAACCGUUCGAACAGGAUUUGGAUAUUUCACAAGAUAUAAAAUUAUCUCCGACGAGAAUACAGAACAGCUUAUUAGCUAGGGCUUCUUCAAAGAAACCGAGAUCUUCUGCCCCCGCAAAAGUCACUCCCGCGCCACCUGUACGCUCUUUACAUCGACGUGGUUCACUUUCAUCACUGCCACGCUCACCAACGCGGUACAGCAAUCAAGGUCCUACGCAACCUAGUCUAAGGAAUGCAAAGUCUACGUUCAAUUUCUCACAAAGUAGAUUAACAGCUCCGACUGCGUCAUCGUUAGCAAAAUCAAAACCAGCUAAAAUGCGUCCACCUAGUAUUUCAAUCCCUGCGGCUAGAGUGGCUAUGCCAUCAUCAGCCAAGCUACUCACUAAACCAAAGAACCUCAAGCCCAAGAAGAUCUGGGGUGAUGGUAGCGAAUUGGAGGCUUUCGAGGAUCUCACGACCCAAACGCGGACGAGGACGAGUAUGAGUGGUGAUGAAUUCAGCACGAUAAAAGCUAGACCAUCAGAUACCCGAUCAGAUAGAUCUAGUUCCCCUUCUGGAUCGACGAUACAGCGUAAGCAAGUAAGAGAAAGGCCCUCUUUGUUUAACACCUUUUUUGACGGUCGCUCGCGUUCACCACAAACUCCUCCUCCUCCUCCAACUAUCUCACAGAGCAGGUACGUUCCAACGCGUACGGCAAGAGCUCAUUCACCGAUAACUAUACCCAUCCCUAAUUCAACUGUGACGGCACCAACUUUGUCAUCCGAAGCUAAGCGUAAGCAGAGGUUACACUCUCACUCGAGCUUUAAUAGAUCAUUAUCACCGACAAGUUCACAAAUGAUGUUUCCUUCAAUACAUCAGCGCACUGAGGAAAGUUUUCCCCAAAAGAAGACACUCAGGAGAAGCAAAAGACCUACUUUAAUUAAGCAACUUGGGAAAGAAGACCAAGUUAAAGUUGUGGGCGACAUGAAAUACAACCCCGUAGAGCGUAAGUGGGAUGGAAACAAUUACGAACCAGCACUUAGAGAAUUGGAGACUUCUCGACCAGCAUUAAUCACUCAUUUCAAUAGCACGACAACACCAAACAGUUCCUUCAAUAGUCUCAGAGCUCGCUCGCCUAACUCGAGUGGUAAUGGGACAUCAUACCUCAACCAACCUACUAAAAUCGUCGGCGAUAUGGUCUUCGAUCCUGUUAGAAUGUGCUGGUUAACGAACGAUGAGGAAGACGUUUUUGCGAACCUUUCAAGUAGCUCAAAUAGCUCGCGCGGAUCACAUUAUCAGCGUGAUCAAACAGCCAUGACAAUUUUCCAUCAUGAUACCAAUAACUCACAAGUUAGUACAAUAGACACUGAACGAGCCAAGAUAAUGGCGAAUAUACCAAAAGAACUGAUUGACCAGUGUGAAUUUGCUGAGAAACAACAUGAUAAUGAUAUUCAAGGUUGGAUUCCACGCGGCGGUAUCGUUGAUGAUAGGAGAUACCUUUACGAAAUAUAUGUCAUGAGCAAGAAAAUUGCUGCUAGGAAGUAAAAACAUUUCGAAGAUAUAGAAGAAGACAUGACGAAUUUAUUAUUAUUAUUAUUUGCUUAUAUAUCCCUCCAACGAUAUUAUCGAAACACGCUAUUAUUAGAUUUGAUACUCACUCAUUUUACCCAGAUUAUUAUUCAAAAAGGAUGAUUUACUUUUCAACUAUUGCUUACAGAAUCUCUACUAACGUUUCUUUUUAUAUUUCGAGGAAUAC